AAUAUAUAUAUAUAUAUAUAUAUAUAUAUAUAUCAUUUGGUUAUCAUGUAAAACAAGGGAAAAGAAAUAUUAGAUAUGGGUUCUGAAUCACAAGCACCCAAGCUUCCUGUUCUAGACUUCACCAAGGGAAAUCUCAAGCCUGGCACAGAGUCUUGGUUAUCAGCAUGCAAAAAUGUCAGGAAAGCACUUGAAGAAUAUGGCUGCUUCAUAGUAGAAAACAAAAUGAAGAACAGAUAUGAGAAGCCCUUAAAUGGUUAUGUUGGACAAAUCCCCAAGCUUCCCCUGCAUGAAAGCAUGGGCAUUGACAAUGCCACAUCCUUGGAAGGAACUCAAUACUUCACAAAUCUCAUGUGGCCUGAGGGAACAGCCAUUUCUGCAGCAGAGAUAGAUCAGAUGGUGAGCAGGAUGAUCUUCGAGAGCUAUGGUGUUGAGAAAUACCAUGAUGCGUAUAUUGGCUCGACAACUUACCUUCUCCGACUGCUGAAGAACAGGGUGCCCAAAGAGGGGGAGCCCAACCUAGCCUUUGUCACUCGUACAGACAAGAGUUUCGCCAACAUACUUCAUCAGAACCAGAUCGAUGGACUAGAAGCGUGGGGCAAUGACAGGGUGUUGUCUCCCAGCCCCCAAGUAAUCAUGCGAGGGAACGUAGACAGAUACUCUCUUGGGUUGUUUGCAUUCAAUGAUGGAAUAAUUGAGGUUCCAAAAGAGCUUGUAGAUGAGGAGCAUCCACUGCGGUACUAGCCUUUUGAGCAUCUAGGACUGCUGCGCUUCUUCCACACAGAUGAGGGUUAUAAAUCCAAGUGUCCUAUGAAAGCAUAUUGCGGUGUUUGAAGUUUGGAUCAGUUCAAAACUUCGGCCAAAGGAACAAACAAAUGCCCUUGGGUUCAUAAGAUAGAAUGUAGUGUGUAUCUUGAUCUGUUGUAAAAUAAAUUUGUGGUGUGUAUCUUUGAUAUGUUGUUUACAAUAAAUUGGUCCUUAGAAA